GAGAGGCGGUCCGGGGCGGGGGGUUCAGCACCACGGAGAGCGGCGGGGGCCGGGAUCGGGCCCGAGCGGCGGAGGGGGGCGGGGGGGACCGAGGGGGCCGGGGGUCUCCGGCCCCUGGAUGAGCACCAUGAGGCUGCUGCUGCUCGCCCUCCUCUUCUCUUCUUCCUUCGCCCGCGCCGGCUGCGACCCCAAAAUCGUCAACAUCGGUGCGGUGCUGAGCACCAAGAAGCACGAGCAGAUCUUCCGCGAAGCGGUGAACCAGGCCAACAAGCGGCACGGCACCUGGAAGCUCCAGCUCAACGCCACCUCGGUCACGCACAAACCCAACGCCAUCCAGAUGGCCCUCUCCGUCUGCGAGGACCUCAUCUCCAGCCAGGUCUAUGCAAUAUUAGUUAGCCACCCUCCUGCUCCCAACGACCACUUAACACCAACACCAGUCUCAUACACAGCUGGCUUCUACCGGAUCCCAGUCAUUGGUCUGACAACACGCAUGUCUAUCUAUUCUGAUAAGAGCAUCCACCUCUCCUUUUUGCGCACAGUCCCACCCUACUCUCACCAGGCCAAUGUCUGGUUUGAGAUGAUGAGAGUCUUCAACUGGAACCACGUCAUCCUGAUAGUCAGUGACGACCACGAGGGUCGUGCUGCCCAGAAGAAGCUGGAGACCCUCCUGGAGGAGAGAGAGUCCAAGGCUGAGAAAGUGCUGCAGUUUGACCCUGGGACCAAAAACGUGACAUCCCUGCUGCUGGAGGCCAAGGAGCUGGAGGCUCGUGUCAUCAUCCUUUCUGCCAGUGAGGAUGAUGCAGCCACGGUGUACAGAGCAGCAGCCAUGCUGAACAUGACGGGGUCUGGCUACGUCUGGCUGGUGGGGGAACGGGAGAUAUCGGGCAAUGCCCUGCGUUAUGCCCCCGAUGGAGUCAUUGGUCUGCAGCUCAUCAAUGGGAAGAAUGAGUCUGCUCACAUCAGUGAUGCUGUGGCCGUGGUGGCCCAGGCCGUGCAUGACUUGUUUGAGAAGGAAAACAUCACAGACCCACCACGGGGCUGCGUGGGAAACACCAACAUCUGGAAAACAGGACCCCUUUUCAAGAGGGUGUUGAUGUCCUCCAAGUACUCAGAGGGUGUCACGGGACGGGUGGAGUUCAAUGAGGAUGGGGACAGGAAGUUUGCCAACUACAGCAUCAUGAACCUGCAGAACAGGAAACUGGUCCAAGUUGGGAUUUACAAUGGCAGCCAUGUCUUGACCAAUGACAGGAAGAUUAUCUGGCCAGGGGGAGAAACUGAGAAACCUCAAGGCUAUCAGAUGUCGACCAAGUUGAAGAUUGUCACCAUCCACCAAGAGCCCUUUGUGUAUGUGAAGCCCACACAGGCAGAUGGGACCUGCAGGGAGGAAUUCACCAUCAAUGGAGAUCCUGUGAAAAAGGUCUUUUGCACUGGACCCAACGAGACCAUCCCAGGCCGUCCCACCGUGGCACUCUGCUGCUAUGGCUUCUGCAUCGAUUUACUGAUCCGGCUGGCAGGGGUGAUGAAUUUCACCUACGAGGUUCACCUGGUGGCUGAUGGUAAAUUUGGUACCCAAGAGAGGGUUAACAACAGCAACAAGAAGGAGUGGAAUGGGAUGAUGGGCGAGCUGCUGAGUGGCCAGGCUGACAUGAUCGUGGCUCCCCUCACCAUCAACAACGAGAGGGCACAGUACAUUGAGUUCUCCAAGCCCUUCAAGUACCAAGGCCUCACCAUCCUGGUGAAAAAGGAAAUCCCCCGCAGCACCCUGGACUCCUUCAUGCAGCCUUUCCAGAGCACCCUUUGGCUGCUGGUGGGGCUCUCAGUGCACGUGGUGGCUGUGAUGUUGUACCUCUUGGACAGAUUCAGCCCUUUUGGCCGGUUCAAAGUCAACAGCGAGGAGGAGGAGGAAGAUGCCCUGACCCUCUCCUCAGCCAUGUGGUUCUCCUGGGGGGUCCUGCUGAACUCUGGCAUUGGAGAAGGUGCUCCUCGGAGUUUCUCUGCCCGUAUUCUUGGCAUGGUGUGGGCUGGCUUUGCUAUGAUCAUUGUGGCUUCUUACACUGCCAACCUGGCAGCCUUCCUGGUGUUGGAUCGACCUGAGGAGAGGAUCACAGGCAUCAACGACCCCCGGCUACGCAACCCCUCGGAUAAAUUCAUCUACGCCACGGUGAAGCAGAGCUCCGUGGAUAUUUACUUCCGACGGCAGGUGGAGCUGAGCACCAUGUACCGGCACAUGGAGAAACACAACUACGAGAGUGCUGCCGAGGCCAUCCAGGCAGUGAGGGACAACAAGCUCCACGCCUUCAUCUGGGACUCGGCAGUGCUGGAGUUUGAAGCCUCCCAGAAGUGUGACCUGGUGACCACGGGGGAGCUUUUCUUCCGCUCCGGCUUUGGGAUCGGGAUGCGCAAGGACAGCCCCUGGAAGCAGAACGUCUCCCUGGCCAUCCUCAAGUCCCAUGAGAACGGCUUCAUGGAGGAUUUGGACAAGACUUGGGUGAGGUAUCAGGAGUGUGAUUCCCGUAGCAAUGCCCCAGCAACACUCACCUUUGAAAAUAUGGCAGGUGUGUUUAUGCUGGUGGCUGGAGGUAUUGUUGCCGGGAUAUUUUUAAUAUUCAUAGAAAUAGCUUACAAAAGGCAUAAGGAUGCACGGAGGAAGCAGAUGCAGCUGGCGUUUGCAGCCGUGAAUGUGUGGAGGAAAAACCUGCAGGAUAGAAAAAGUGGUAGAGCAGAACCUGACCCUAAAAAGAAAGCCACUUUUAGGUCCAUCACCUCCACCCUGGCCUCCAGCUUCAAGAGACGUAGGUCCUCCAAGGAUACGCCCUGCAGAAUGGUCCCUCAGGAGUGCCAGAGAGACAGGCUGGCACCAUGGAGCCAAGACAGCCCCGGGAAGCUGCCACCCCACUCUGAACGUCCUAGCGCCCACCACCACCCGAGCUGCACAGCCUCUCCGCGGCACAUCAUCCCCACCACCCCGGGAGGAGAUGCAUGUGUUCCCCAUAGGCAGCUCCUGCAACUCGAGUAGCGCUCGCGGAGCUGAACCUUCUGCCAUCCAUCGCAGCCACCCACGCUACUGCAACCCCACAGACGCCAUGUGAGACGCAUAAAUCCACACAGACACCUUCCGAGCCAGCACAUUGCCUACAGACAUGUAACGAGGUGCACAGGGCCCUUAGAGACACCCCCCACUCCCCCUGAACCUUACCCGCCGUCAUCAGCCCCCUCCCCAGAGUGUCACCCACCCCCCAAAGACACAGCAUGACACAUGUCACCACGUCUACAGCCAGCGCUGCCAGGAGGUGGUGGCCCUGCAGCCCUGGGGAUGGUGCCGGAGCUGGUUGAGUACCCAGGGGGGUGAUGGAGAAGGUCACCUUUUGAGUGAAGGAUCAGCCACCCCAAAGGCAAACACUUCGUGGCUGAAAAAAAAAGAAUCUAGUUUUGGGCCCCAAAGAACCAAAAGUAGGUCAAAGAGAACUGAUUUUUAGUUUUGGGGUGUUUUUUUCUUUUUAAUUUUUUUGUUGUUUUUUUUUUUAAGGAAAGUUGACGUUUUCUACAGCGAGAUCGCAUUGAGCUGAAGUUUUAAUUUUUCAUUGAAAAAAAACAACCAAACAAAACAAACCCCAAAAUUCUUCCAGAAAAAUCUUCCACCAGCCAGGGACUCGCACAUGAGCCCAGAUUAGGUUGAAGUCAUUUUUGAAGACAUAUUAAGUUCUUGUCUAUAUUUUCUUCCUGGUUGUCAUUUAAAGUUUCUGGUGCCUUCACUUCACUUCCAUACCUUAACAUGUUUGAGUCUCUCCUACACUUAAUAUUUAUUAAUUUCUUGGCUUUAUAAUGUUUGAUUUAGGGAUAAUUGCACCAUCCCUGUAACUUUAUUUACCCGACAAUUAUUGAUAUGUGCUUCUAUCUUUAGUUCUACUUUGACAUAGUUUUGAUAAUACCAUUUUCUUGGUUUUUUUUUCUUUUCAUUUUUAAUUUCUUUUUAUUUUUUUAUUAUUAAAAAUUGCAUGCAUGAACUCUACACAAAAAAAAAAAAAAAAAGUAAAUGAGAAUGUUACCCUGUGAUAACUCUGUGAUUGGAGGAGAUAUGCUUUCAAAUCAAA